GCAACAGAAGUCAACAAAACAACAAUUAAAACAAAUCUUGAGAGAGAUAGAUAAACAAAUAGAGAGAGAGAGAGAGAGAGAGAGAGAGAGAGAGAGAGAUACUUUAAGGCUUUCUUUUACUACUAAUCAAUCUACUACAUAAGGUGGCCCUCUAUCUAUAUUUCUAGUUUUGUGACCUUUCUUUUCAUCCACUACCUUCUCUUUUUAUUUUCUCUAUCAAACUCAAACACAGUUGUGUUUGUUUGAUGAUGUUGUUCUUUCUUUCUUAACAGGAUUUUCAGGCCACACAUACCCUCUUUUCUUCUUUCUUACUACCUUUGAAUUUCUUAUAUACUCUUUCAGUUGUGUUGAAUUGAUGUCUGGUUUGUAUAAUCAGAUUUCCUCACCAGGAAUAUCAGGGGCCAAUUCACCAAAUAUAAACAUGAGAAGCAAUUUUGAUGUUGAUAGCCAAUACUUAACUGAGUUGGUAGCAGAAUACCAGAAGCUUGGACCUUUCAUGCAAGUCUUACCCUUAUGUACUAGACUCUUAAACCAAGAGAUUUUAAGGGCUUCUGGAAAGAAUGGAUUGAUGCAGAACCAAGGGCUUAGUGACUAUGACAGAGUUCAAUUUGGAAGUGUCAAGACUAGUUUCAUGCCUUCUUUGGAUACAACACAAAAUUUCACUGGCUGGAACAGUUUGUCACAUGAAGGGUUAUCUGGAGUACAAGGACUAAAUGUGGAUUGGCAAAGAGCACCAGCAGUCUCAAAUUCUCACAUUGUGAAGAAGAUGCUGCGUUUGGAUAUUCCUCAUGAUAGCCAUCCAAAUUUCAACUUUGUUGGGAGGCUUCUUGGCCCAAGGGGUAAUUCGCUUAAGCGAGUGGAGGCUACUACAGGUUGCCGCGUAUUUAUCAGAGGGAAAGGUUCAAUAAAAGACUUUGAUAAGGAAGAGUUGUUGAGGGGAAGGCCAGGAUUUGAGCACUUGAAUGAACCAUUGCACAUAUUGAUUGAAGCUGAACUACCUGUCAAUGUUGUUGAAUUAAGGUUGAGGCAAGCACAGGAAAUCAUAGAAGAGCUACUCAAACCUGUGGAUGAGUCACAGGACAUCUACAAGAGACAACAACUUAGAGAACUUGCAAUGCUGAAUUCAAGUUUUAGAGAAGAGAGUCCUCAACUGAGUGGUAGUCUCUCUCCAUUCACUUCUAAUGAAAUGAUAAAAAGAGCAAAAACUGACCAAUAGUCUUUUCUACAUUGUGAAAUUGUUGCAUUUGAAGUUACUUCAUGUAUGUAAAUGUUGUGUAGCUGCAAUGAGAAAACCUUGAUGAAAUGAUCAUGCAAAUUUGGAGAACAAAAUGAUGAGAAGAAAAGAGAAGGGGUUGAUAAUUGAUUGAUAUUAAUAUACAUAUAUCUAUUGUUACAUUUGUUGCAUUCAACUUCAUUAUUAGUAGACUUGUAAAAUUAACACAAUUAUUACUUUUAUUAUAUCUUGACAUGUUGAUGCUGUA